GUAUUAAGUGAUACUUAUACAGGCCCAGGACUGGAAGUUGGGAAAAUCAUGCCCAUAACUCCGACUUUCGGCCCUAACAGACCGACACAAACACAGUAGGGCCCACUAUUUGAUCCAGACCCCGCCCACAAGCCUCGCAUCGUCCGCGAUUUCUACGAGGCUCUCUCAACAGUUCAAAACCAGGGCCUCUCUAACCUCAAUCGUCGUUGAUCCUGGUGGCAGUGACAUCAAUGGAGUCUGCUCUGAAGAUCUCAUCCGUUGUUCUGCACGUACCUUCUUCCAGUUCUCGUUUCCAUCAUAAUUCUUCGUGGUUUCGUCUCGGAAGAAACCAACCCUUCGCAAAGCUCCGUGCCAUCUCUCGUAACGGCCCCGGUUCUUCCUCUGCUUCGCAUGGGACUGAGUCAAGUUCGGUAGGGGAUGUGCAUAGACGAAGUAGUCUUAAAUCACUGUUCUGUUAUGAUAAGAGUAUACCAGAGGAGAUAAUUGAGAAACCAAUUGGUGUAGCUCUGGCUGAGAAGAUCAUUGGAGAUAAUCCCCGUUGCACUGAUUGUGAAGCCAAAGGCGCAAUACUUUGUAGCACUUGCUCCGGCUCAGGCCUAUAUGUUGACUCUAUACUGGAGAGCCAGGGAAUCAUUGUCAAGGUCCGAUGCCUAGGUAAAUUUCUCUCUUUUGAACAACCUGCACUCUCACAAGCACCCAUGCAGGCAUGGACAUUCAUCCGUUACAAGGUUCCUGAAUGUGUCUUCCCGCAGUCUUCCUUUUAACCUGAGUAGUUGUCUUGAUUCAACUUUAUUUCUAGUCAUUUGAUUACCAUAUAUUCUAAUUUCUAACUGGGGUGAAGUAAUGGAUAUAGUAUUUGUUCUGAAUCUGGUCAGUGUGAACUGGUGUUAUGAACCAAUCUGGAAAUGCAUAUUUUCAGAAUGCUGCUUUCUUAUUGGGUAAAACUGUAAAGGUCCUAAAAUACCCAAGGACUGUAUUCUUCUCCAAUCUGAGUUUUGCUCACGUCAAACCGAUCCGCCAAUAGCCUAACAUAAAAUGAAGGUUUAAGGAUCUUUUUUGGGUUUGUAAAGGAGUACAUGAUUCAGAGUUUGGGGGUCUUUGAUUUUAUGGAGAAACAUAAGAUUUAUGAUUUAUUUAACAAUGAGUUUACU